AUGCUGGUAUCGGGAAAAGCUCAAAGCAGCUUUCUUUAUGGGAAACUCAUUAAUUUUUAUGCACAGCUUGGUCCCAUCUCAUUUGUGGAAGACAUUUUCAAAAAGAGCCCAAGAUCGGAUGUCUAUUUGUGGAAUACUAUGGUAUCUGCUUUUGUUCGACGUGGUCACUUCCAUGAAGCGGUAGACUGUUUCCACCAGCUUCUACUGACCUCUGGUGUGCGACCUGAUUUCUAUACCUUCCCUCCAGUGCUGAAAGCCUGCAGAAAUCUAUUUGAUGGAAUGAAGGUUCAUUGCUCCAUCUUGAAGCUUGGCUUUGAGUGGGAUGUCUUUGUGGCUGCUUCCUUAAUACACUUGUAUUCAAGGUUUGGGGUUGUGGAAUGUGCUUGCAGAUUGUUUCACAAUAUGCCAUACAGAGAUAGUGGUUCAUGGAAUGCCAUGAUUUCUGGGUAUGGAAAAUUUGGCAGGUUAGGUGAUGCAAGGAGAGUUUUUGAGCAGAUGGUUAUCAAAGAUAUUGUCUCAUGGAAUUCUAUAAUUGCUGCAUAUGAACAACAUGGUGAACCCAUCGAUGCUCGUUUACUAUUUGACAAUAUGCAACAAUUGGGAAUCCAACCUGAUGCAUUUACACUUGUUAGUUUGGCUUCUAUUGUUUCUCAAUUGAGUGAUCACAGGAGUGGCAAGUCCCUACAUGGAUUUUUACUCAGGAAGGGAUAUUUUUCCGAUGCUGUUAUUACUGGAAGUGCAGUGGUGGACAUGUAUGCCAAAAUGGGUACCACAGAAUACGCAAGAGCUGUCUUUGAAGGACUCCCUAUUAAAGACGUGGUUACGUGGAACAGUUUAAUUACUGGUUAUGCUCAGAAUGGUUUAGCAAACGAAGCAAGCAAUAUAUUCCAUAUGAUGGAAGAGUCGAAAGAUAUAUCCCCAAGCCAAGGUACAUGGGUUAGCAUAUUACCUGCUUACUCACAGCUAGGUGCCUUGGGGCAGGGGAUGCUAAUUCAUGCUCGGGUUAUAAAAGACUCCAUGUGGUCAGAUAUUUAUGUUGGAACAUGCCUUGUUGACCUGUAUGGAAAGUGUGGUAGAUUGGAUGAUGCUGUGUCUUUAUUUGAUGAAGUGCCUAGGCAAAGCUCUGUUCCUUGGAAUGCCAUAAUAUCUUGUCACGGAGUUCAUGGACAUGGCGAGAGAGCUCUUGAAUUCUUUCGAGAAAUGCUUGAUGGAGAAGUGAAGCCAGAUCACGUGACAUUUGUUUCUCUACUGUCAGCUUGUAGUCAUUCAGGUCUGGUAAGCGAUGGGGAGUGGUGCUUCUGUUUGAUGCAGGAAAAUUUUGGAAUUAAGCCUAUUUUGAAGCAUUACGGUUGCAUGGUAGAUUUGUAUGGCAGAGCUGGUCUCUUGGACGUGGCGUUCGAGUUUAUUAAAAGCAUGCCAAUGAAGCCUGAUGGAUCCAUCUGGGGUGCUUUGAUCAGUGCUUGCAGGAUUCAUAGGAAUGUUGAGCUGGGUAAAUAUGCUUCGGAUCGCUUGUUCGAAGUCGACUCGGAAAAUGUUGGGUACUAUGUUCUACUGUCGAAUAUGUAUGCGAACGCUGGGAAAUGGGAAGGAGUUAAUGAUGUGAGGUCUUUGGCUAGAGGAAUGGGGUUGAAGAAGACUCCCGGAUGGAGCUCGAUUGAAGUAGACAAGAAGGUCAAUGUGUUCUACACAGGGAACCAGACCCAUACACAGUGUAAUGAAAUAUACAAGGAGCUGAAGGAAUUGUGUGAGAAAAUAAAGGCCAAGGGUUAUGUUCCCGACUUUGGUUUCGUGUUGCAGGAUGUCGAGGACGAUGAGAAGGAGCAUAUCCUCAUGAGUCAUAGUGAGAGGUUGGCGAUUGCAUAUGGAAUAAUCAGCACUCCACCCAAAAGCUCCCUUAGGAUCUUCAAAAACUUGCGAGUCUGUGGAGAUUGCCAUAGUGCGAUUAAGUGUAUAUCCGAUAUCACAGGUAGGGAAAUUGUUGUCAGGGAUUCCAACCGUUUCCAUCAUUUCAAGGAUGGAAGUUGUUCCUGUGGGGAUUACUGGUGA